AUGGCUCCCAAUGGUGGAAACACCAUCACUUUUACUGAGGUCGACGAAUUGAAUAACCCGGCAUCGACACUCAUCUACUCUGAGGUCCAGUCAGGGCGUUCUGUUAAGGACGGCUCGGGGAACGAGAUCAAAGGCCGCGUGGAUCUAUCCCAUGCUCCCAGUGUUUCGACGCUAUGGUCUAUGAAGUCUAUACAAAACCUUCUUACCGAUGUGUUUCUUCCUGCUGGGUAUCCGCAUAGUGUUAGCGAAGACUAUGUUUCGACUCCCUCCAAGCCUUCAGCAGCUCUAUCGCCGGCCUCCUAUCCUCAAGAGCAGUUCUCCAAGGUCAGCAAUCCCUACCUACUUCACACAGUCACCAGUCUAACAAAUACAGGCGUCGGAGUGGGCAACGCAGACGCUUCUCCAACCUCUGCUCUCUUCCUGCACAUCCUCCAGGAUACAUCCGGGCGGAUCGCGACGAUCCUCUUCGCGCACCGCGUCGGCACAGCCCUCGAGCCGGAAUGCAAGAUGUAUCGCUUCGCAGCGGACAUCUUCAAUGACCUCGCCAUGGUGCUUGACUGCCUCUCGCCGAUGAUCCCAGCGGGCAUCAGCCGCGUGACGGUCCUCAGCGCCGCAGGCGUGCUUCGUGCUCUGUGUGGUGUUGCGGGAGGAAGCUCGAAAGCGAGUCUGAGUGCGCAUUUCGCAAGGUGGGGGAAUCUUGCGGAGGUUAAUGCAAAAGAUUCGUCCCAAGAAACCGUCAUAUCGCUCGUCGGAAUGCUGGUCGGCUCCCUCGUCGUUUCGCACAUCACCAGUUUUACAGCAACAUGGGUCACCCUCCUCGCUCUCCUAACCCUCCACCUAUCCCUCAACUACGCCGCCGUCCGCUCCGUCCAAAUGAGAACCCUAAACAGACAACGAGCGAACAUCGUCUUCUCAUAUAUGCUCUCGUCAGACCCGGACGUUGCACUCCUAAACUCAGGCCAAUUGCUGGACCAACGUAACUAUGCAGAACCAGCGGACCGAAACCAGAAGCACCUGCAAAUCCCAUCCCCCGCCCAAGUCUCCAGACGGGAGCGUAUCUUUGAGGCGUCCGGGACCUUGAAAUGGUAUCCUUGUUCCCUCAGAGAACAAGAAGAACGGCCCGCAAAGCCUGAGAUCCUAGGGAGUUGCCAGAUUGGCGUUUCGCCGCGCAAGUUCCUAUCGUCGCCCUCGUCAAUCUCUACUUCACACAGUUCCCUAACAACGUCUCUCCCGGUAGCGGCACUGACGUCCCUCUUCAACAACGAAGACUACAUCCUGAUCUUCACCCCGAUGGCCCUGGGUCCAAUGCUAAAACCAACGGCGAAAAUCCUUCUGAAGCAAAAUGCAACACCGAAAACACACCUCAAGGCAUGGAUGCAUGCCCUUCUCGCCGCGCGACUUCUUGCCCGGUCUUACUCCACGCCAGCACCAUCAAAGCAGGAUGGGAAGAAGAGAGACGAGAGUUUCACGGAAACGGAAACUGCCCUCUCGAUUCUCGAGAGGGCUUUGCGUUUCUUGAAUGAAUCUUCGCGAUUCGAGGGGUAUAUUGGGGCACUUGGGGAUAAGGGGUGGGAGGUUGAUGUUGAAGGGGGUGGUGUGUCGGCGUUGGAAACGAGGGUUGGAAGGAGGGUUGUUGUUUCUUGA